UCGGCUGGUGUUGAAAAUGUGGCGGGCGCUAAUAUGAAGCCUUGAAUAUGAUUCUCGGGAUGAAAAGACACCCAGAAGACCUCAAGAUAAGUGUGUGCUGAUGGGCUUUCUAGCCAUCUGGGAGUCAUGGUGGUCUUGAGGGAAGGAAUCUGCCCUGGAAUAAAUGAGGACUUCAUUAAGGCUUUACAGACGGAGGAUAUCAGAACAGUUGAAGACUUUGUCUCAUGGAAUCCAGAAGAACUUGCGCAAAAGUGUUCGUUGUCUUACAAGGCUCUAGUAGCUGUCCGACGUGUGCUUUUGGCUCAGUACACUGCUUAUCCCAUCUCUGGCGCUGAUCUCUAUGAGGAGCUCUUGAGCUCUACUGCAAUUCUGUCUACUGGCAGUCCCAGUUUGGACAAGUUGUUGGAUUCUGGGCUGUACACGGGGGAAAUAACUGAGCUUACAGGAAGUCCUGGGAGCGGGAAAACACAGGUGUGUUUUAGUGUUGCAGUUAAUAUAUCACACCAGCUGAAGCAAACCGUGGUUUAUAUUGACACAAAGGGUGGUAUGUGUGCCAACCGACUGCUUCAGAUGCUACAAACCAAGACCCCUAAUGAGCAGGAGCAGAUGGAGGCACUUCAAAAAAUCAAGGUGUUCCGAGUAUUUGAUGUCUUCUCUCUGCUCGCAUGUCUUCAAAACCUGAGAUCGACUGGCCUUCAGAAGACGUCUGUUGGAGGCGGAUCAGUCAAAGCACUGAUGGUGGAUUCAGUCUCUGCUGUGCUCUCACCCAUCCUUGGAGGGAAGCAGAAUGAGGGUAUGUCGCUGCUUAUGCAAGUUGCUGGGGAGUUGAAGAUGAUCGCCAAAGAUUGUAACGUCGCUGUACUGGUGACGAACCAUGUGACCAAAGACGGAAAUGGCCAAGUGAAGGCUGGACUAGGCCAGUCAUGGAGCCAUGUGCCACGCACACGCCUACUCCUGCAGAAAGUGGAGAACGAGGAGACCUCCUCCUUACGCACAGCCACGCUGACUAAAUCAUCACGACAGGCAUGUCAUACGACAAAGGAGUUUGAUCUUUGCCAUUGGUCCGAAGAGAGGACGACGAGCAUUUCAGGCAAAAGGAAAUUAGAUUAGUAAAAGCUUAAUGGUUUCAGGGAUGAUAUUAAUUGCUAUAUUAAUAUAUAUGAGUUAUUGUAAAUGUGUAUAUGAUUUCUGUAGUGGUCAAUGACAAGCUAUAACUUAAGUAAGCCUUUGAAUUAACUUCUUUGUAGAUGUCAUAAAUGAAAUCACAAACGCC